AUGCUGCUUCCAACCAAGAUUUCGAUUCUUCUGGUCCUCACGCUGGCUCUUCUCAGCACAUUUCCAGGUGGUUAUGGAUCGGAGACUUCUACAUCGUUGAAUGAUGAAGCAUAUCUCCAGGAGGCGAGAAAACUUGGCGACGACGGAGUGGCCGAUUACCCGAAUCCUGGUCCGAAUCCGAGACAUGACCCGCCACCUUCGUCCAAGGUUGUUGCAUUUGUUGAUCCUUAA